UGGUGGCUCACACCUUUAAUCCCAGCUCUCAGGAGAUGGAGGCAGGAGGAUCUCUGAGUUUGAGGCCAGCCAGGUCUACAGGGGGAGUUCCAGGACAGCCAGAGAGCUACAUAGAGAAGCCCUGCCUCAAAAAAAAAAAAAAAAAACAAAAUUUAAAAGAAAUCAAUAAUUUAUGUUUUAAUUAUUGUACUUUGAUCAUUUGUAGGCGAAACCUAACCAAAUUAUCCCUGAUCUUCAGCCACAUGCUGGCAGAACUGAAAGGCAUCUUUCCAAGUGGACUCUUCCAAGGAGACACUUUUCGGAUUACUAAAGCAGAUGCUGCAGAAUUUUGGAGAAAAGCUUUUGGGGAAAAGACAAUAGUUCCUUGGAAGAGCUUUCGACAGGCCCUUCAUGAAGUGCAUCCCAUCAGUUCUGGGCUGGAGGCCAUGGCUUUGAAGUCCACUAUUGAUCUGACCUGCAAUGAUUAUAUUUCUGUUUUUGAAUUUGAUAUCUUUACACGACUAUUUCAGCCCUGGUCCUCUUUGCUUAGAAAUUGGAACAGCCUUGCUGUAACUCACCCUGGUUAUAUGGCUUUCCUGACAUAUGAUGAAGUGAAAGCAAGGCUCCAGAAGUUCAUUCACAAACCUGGCAGUUACAUCUUUCGGCUGAGCUGUACUCGUCUGGGUCAGUGGGCUAUUGGGUACGUUACUGCUGAUGGGAACAUUCUGCAGACAAUCCCACACAAUAAACCACUCUUCCAAGCACUGAUUGAUGGCUUCAGGGAAGGCUUCUAUUUAUUUCCUGAUGGGCGAAGUCAAAAUCCUGACCUGACAGGUUUAUGUGAACCAACACCGCAAGAUCAUAUCAAAGUAACCCAGGAACAAUAUGAAUUAUACUGUGAGAUGGGCUCCACAUUUCAACUAUGUAAAAUAUGUGCUGAAAAUGAUAAGGAUGUGAAGAUUGAGCCCUGUGGACACCUCAUGUGCACAUCCUGCCUUACAUCGUGGCAGGAGUCAGAAGGUCAGGGCUGUCCAUUCUGCCGAUGUGAAAUCAAAGGUACUGAGCCCAUCGUGGUGGAUCCAUUUGACCCCAGAGGCAGUGGCAGUCUAUUAAGACAAGGAGCUGAAGGAGCUCCUUCCCCAAAUUAUGAUGAUGAUGAUGAUGAACGAGCUGAUGAUUCUCUCUUCAUGAUGAAGGAGUUGGCAGGUGCCAAGGUGGAAAGGCCUUCCUCUCCGUUCUCCAUGGCUCCACAAGCUUCCCUUCCUCCAGUGCCACCAAGACUUGACCUUCUACAACAGCGAAUAUCUGUUCCUCCCAGCACUUCAGUUCUGGGGACUACUUCUAAGGCUGCUUCUGGCUCCCUUCAUAAAGACAAACCAUUGCCAAUACCUCCCACACUUCGAGAUCUUCCACCACCACCCCCUCCAGACCGGCCUUACUCUGUUGGAGCAGAAACACGUCCUCAGAGACGCCCCCUGCCUUGUACACCAGGCGAUUGUCCAUCUAGAGACAAACUGCCCCCUGUUCCCUCUAGCCGCCCAGGGGACUCAUGGUUGCCUCGGCCAAUCCCUAAAGUACCAGUAGCUACCCCAAGCCCUAGUGAUCCUUGGAGUGGAAGAGAACUGACCAAUCGGCACUCACUUCCCUUUUCAUUGCCCUCACAAGUGGAAUCCAGAGCAGAUGUUCCUAGGCUGGGAAGCACAUUUAGUCUGGACACUUCCAUGAAUAUGAAUAGCAGCCCAACAGUGGGUCCAGAGAGUGAGCACCCAAAAAUCAAGCCUUCCUCAUCUGCCAAUGCCAUUUACUCUCUGGCUGCCAGGCCUCUUCCUGUGCCAAAACUGCCAUCUGGGGAGCAGGGAGAAAGUGAAGAGGACACGGAGUAUAUGACUCCCACAUCUAGGCCUGUAGGAAUUCAGAAGCCAGAGCCCAAACGGCCUUUAGAGGCAACCCAGAGUUCACGAACGUGUGACUGUGACCAGCAGAUUGACACCUGCACGUAUGAAGCAAUGUAUAACAUUCAGUCCCAAGCACUCUCUGUAACGGAAAACAGUACCUUUGGGGAAGGGAAUUUGGCUACAGUCCACACCAGCACUGGCCCUGAGGAAUCAGAAAAUGAGGAUGAUGGGUAUGAUGUGCCUAAGCCACCUGUGCCGGCUGUACUAGCUCGUCGGACUCUGUCUGACAUCUCUAAUGCCAGCUCCUCCUUUGGCUGGUUGUCUCUGGAUGGUGAUGCUACAACAAACUUCAAUGAGAGUUCCCAAGUUCCUGAGCGCCCCCCUAAACCAUUCCCCCGGAGAAUCAACUCUGAACGAAAAGCAAGUAGCUAUCAGCAUGGUGGAGGUGCCACUGCUAAUCCUGCUGCCGUCGCUCCCUCCCCACAGCUCUCAAGUGAGAUUGAGCGCCUCAUGAGUCAGGGCUACUCCUACCAGGACAUUCAGAAAGCUUUGGUCAUUGCCCACAACAACAUUGAGAUGGCCAAAAACAUCCUCCGGGAAUUUGUUUCUAUUUCUUCUCCUGCCCACGUAGCUACCUAGCACAUCUCUCCUUGCCAUGGAUUCAGAGGACCCAUGAGCCGGGCUCUUACUCGAGCACCUAGGAAAGCAGUGACUUCUUUUGGAACAUCACAGUGAGGUCCUGCCUUUUCUGUGGGUAUCGACACCCAUGGUUCCAAGAUUUCAAAGCAGUGGAAUGAAAAUGGAGCAGCUGGUGUGUUUCACUGUUACAUUGGUCUGAAGAAUGUGUUUGUAGUCCUUCAGUUCCCAGUAGGAGAGCGUGAGUUUUUAUUAAAUGGUAGCCCAUCCCUGCAACAGUACAGAAAGCAGUAGAAAUGCUGUUCUGUAGCCCUAGUUAAAGAUUUAAGACUUUCCUGUUAAGGGUGUGUAUGUGGUCUGUCUGUGUAUCCUCUGAUUAUAAGAUUAUCCUGCUGUGUGUGAAUCCAGGCAGGGAGUUAGCACAAGAGCUUCAGGAAAGAAUCUGAAGACUCCCAUCUACUGUGGUAUUGCACCUAGCCCUGCUGGAUGUUACAACCUCAACACUCCCCUUUGGCUUAGAUUAUCAUGUGCUUAGCUAAGUCUUACCGUGUUAGAAUGCCCUCUGUCCUUUACCCUUGAGACUCCUUACCCUAUCCUUUCCUCAUUGGUGUUCUCUGGCUUGCUGUGACCUAAAGCCAAGCAGCUUACAGGAUGUUUUUUCUGACGUCUGAUGGUAUUGGUUUGUUUGGUAGAAUAGGUGGGAAGGAAAGUACUGUUCUGUGGUUACAGUUAUGACUGAUGCUAACAGCUAACACUGGUCACUCCAAAGUGCUGUUUCUAUAGGAACGUUGAAUUUGUUAAAAUAAGAUGUUUGAAUUCUCCUAAUUACCUAAUGACUGGUUUGAAAUAGAGGCCUUCAUAUACAUUCCAUGUCUUCCCCAGGAAAUAGUCUGUGGGAGUCUGUUGCCUUGGUGCCAGGUAUGUGUUUCUGAUGUAGGUCGUGAGUCUUUCUACCUAACUGGAACAGAAGAACAUUUGUUUCCAGGGUGGCUUUCCAGCCCAAAUACCAUGGAGCUUUUAGGAAGCUUCAGUCACAUACUAUUUAGAUUUACAAAAUAAAUCAGUAAGGACUUACCUAUUCAGUCUUUCUUGCCAGUGGUUAAUUUCAGCUGAGGAAUUUCUCCCUUGAAGAGGAGUGAGGUUAGCCUUUCAGAAGUGAUUUCUUUCCUCACCCUCUAAGGGGUAGGGAUAACCCUAAUUACCUUACGGCAUUUGCGGAUGACUAGCGCCUUUCCUGCAUUGGUACCACCCAGUGACUUGGUUGUUCAUGUGCCUAGAGCUUUGGGAAUGAUUUCUCUUUCUCCUUCCUUGCCCUUAUAUUGGGUCCUACAUAUAAUCACUGUAUCAUCCACAGUGUUCACAUCAUUCAUUGAAAUCUUUCAGUCAAAGACAGUUUGGGACAUUAUAGUAGUUUCUCUAUUUACAAGUUUAUCUAGAUUUGGAGUCAGUUUGGAGACCUUCUUCCCAGUCACUGUUACAACCCCUUGGGUUUUAGUUAGUUCUCUGCCUGGAGUCUUGCUGACUUCCCUGGCAGCAUUGUCCUUUCUCCUGUCACAUGCAAAUUGUUUUUUGCAUGAAUCCACUCUAUCCUUUAUGUUCAGACAGAAUUGGCCCACUAAGAUUACACUUUCUUUCUAGUCUUAAUAUCUUUGCAACUAAAACCUUUUGAACUUUCUUGGUUUCUGGAUGCUUCAAGGUCUUCAGGUUUUAUCCACUUGCCUCAGAGCUACUUGUGUUCCCAGGGCAGACUGCUAUUCCAGUACUUUAUGUGGAUUUGCCAUGGUUACCCAGGGUCUCCUCUACAUAGCGGUAAGUAGGAAACAAUAGCUUAUAGCUUAUCAUCCACCACAAAAAAGCUCCAAUUUUGUGUUCCUUUGAACAUUGAAAGCCUGAGCCAGGCUUGGUCACAUGUGCCUCUACUCUCAGUACUAGGGAGAUGGUGGCAAGAUGAUGAUAAGUUCAGGACCAGCUCAAAGCUGCUCGAACCACUGUUUCAAAACAAACGACUGGGCUUGAAUAGGUGGCUCAUGGGUUAAGAGUGGCUGUUCUUGUAAAGGACGCAGAUUUGGUUCCCAGCAUCAUGCGGCAACUCACAACCAUUUGUAACUCCAGAUCUAGAGGGAUCUGGUGCCUUCUUCUGACCUCUGUGGGCUCCAGGCACAUACAUGGUGUGCAUACAUACAUGCAGAUAAAACAUAAACAUAAAAUUAAAGAAAUAUUUUUUUAAAAAGUAUAAAAAACAAAAAUUUGAAGGCCUCAACAGAGAACUUGGAAAAGGUUACAGGCCUAGUCUCUCUGUAUUGUAGUAUUUCUUUCCUUGCAGAUAUUGCCCACUAUGUGAAGAUCUAUCAAGAAAAUAAAUCAUUGGCUAUGUACCUUCUGCCUUUUCUGUGUAUCCAAGUCUUCUGUGGAGCACUAAGGAUAUAGCUCAGUUGGUAGAGCUGUUUAGCAUUCACAAUGCCAUGGUUCAGCCCCACACUGCACAGAACAAAUGGUGCUGAGGUACACCUCCAGUCCCUAGCACUCAGGAGCUGAAGACAGAGCAUUAGAAGUUCAGGGCCACUCUUGCCUACAUAGCAAGUUUGAAGCUACCUCGGGCUACAUGAAACCCUGCCUCCAAAAGAAAACAAAAACCAGAUCUGUGGCAAUUACUGUCCCUACUACCUAGGGAAAUAACAGUUUUGUCCUGCUUUCUGUUGAGUGCCCGUUUGAGCUCUGAAAGGGGUGUUGAGUGGGCGUUUGGUCCCUAUGGUGAACAGGCACAUGUUUGAUUAGCUCGGGUGUUGGUUUAUUAGAUGUAUAUCUGUAGGCAUCAAGGAUUGAGACCAUCAUAUGUAGGCCUUUCCUUUGGCCCCAGGACAUGCUGGGGCCUGUGCCUGAUAUUAUUAGGUAGCCUUAGGAAGGUUUCAUGCCACUCAUUUUGAAAAUAGUCUCCAAAAUUGAAUUUCUUUUUCUUUUGAAGGCACCAAUAACCCAUUCUUCUUUUUCCAUUUGGAUAGUAACUUUUAAUUCCUUGGCUCUUCCUCUAAGUUUACCUAAAAUUGCUCUUUCAUAAAUAAUCUAGUUUGGGUUUUGCUAUUUUUGGCAAGCCCAUCCUCUUUUUCUGCUCUAUGUUACAAUUACGAAAACAGCUUUAACGUUUUCCUAUUCCUCAACCUCAUUAGGCUAUUUUAUUCAACAGAGACCAUUGCUUUCUCUGUCUUUCUAAAUUGCUUUGCAUGCCACUUUAUUGAUGGAUCACUGUCUUGCCAGAACUCAAGGCAAGACUUUUCUAGUUCAGCCCCAGGACUAGACUCCUCCAACUGCCCUCCCACUGUUCUUCUAAAGUGAAAAGUUCUUACAAUGUUUUUAAAAUCCUGUGGGUUCUGAAAUAUACCUCCUAGUUAGCAGACUGGGCAGCUCUUGACCUCAGCCUUUGUAUGUUAGUAUUUAUUUAAGCAGUGAAUUGACCCUGGCUGACCAUUCUCUUUCACUUCUUCCCUUCUUCCUCCUCCAGCCCCUCCCUGCAUACUCUGCCAUUUUGUCUUUCUCUUUCAAUUCUCAGACAUCCCUUCACUGGACAACGUAGUACUGUCAUAGUAGUGCUGGCAUCCUUUGGCUGUUCUGUGGGGUAUAGGAUGGAUAAGAGUCACUGUUCUUCAUAUUUAAAAUAUUUAUUUCCUCUGUGGGAAAGAAAAUGUGUUUUAUGGUUCAAGUAGCAAUCUUACAAGUUAAUUUUUAUAUAUAACUUGCUUGCAGACCAAACCAGGAAUCAGCUGUGUAUUCAUUUUAUGGCACCAUUAACAGGAUUUAGUCUUUCUGUGAUGAUCAGCCAUGGUGUUAAUGCUGAAUGUUCUACCUCACAUCAUGAGAAUCAGAAGGCUGCAGGCCUUCUCAUACUUUCCUUCUUUCCAUUGGCCUUUCUGACUCUAGAAUAAUCACUCUACUGAAUAGAUUAUUCUAACCACUGUCCGGGGUAUAACCGUUUUCUAAUUUCUACAAAUAUUGGACUGAUUACUAUGUGUCAGAAAUGUCAGCUGUCUGUUCUUCCCUGCCACCUCAUGGUGGUUUACUGGUGUUGGGACGUUAAGCAUGGACGGUCCUUAACUCUUUUUGCAUUUGACUAUACAUGUGUUUAUUCACAACUCUUUUGUAUAGAGUUAUUUGUCCUUAAUAGCGCUGUCUUGCUUAAAAUUAGCCCACGACUUUCCCAUUAACCCCUGUUGUCUUUCUGUAGCCUUGAUAAUAAUUGGGAGAUUCUGUUGUGUAUACCUCAUGGAUUAUCCUUUUUUGCUACAAAUUUCAUAAUCUCUUCAGUGGGUUGAGGAUCCACUGACUUAGAGUUGCACAGUAGAGCACUAAAUGCUUAAGCAAAGCUUUUGCUGCAGUCUGCUUUCCAAUCCAGUGCCUUUAUCUUUUUACUGAGCUGCUUUUGUCCCAGGUCCUUCUUGUUGGAAAGGUUGUUUUUACCCUUCUGGGACCUGUCACUAUCUCCCGUACAAUUUGGGAUUUCUUUUCUAUUCUUUAGCAAUCUGUGUCGUAAUUCUGUCUUAGGAUAGGUGGAAGGGUUGGGAAAGGGUGAGGUCCUGAUUCUCAGGAGCUGGUCAGGAACUGAGCCUGGAUUCUGUCCUCACAAGCCUUUCCAGUGUGGGCAGCUUAUUAAAGGUACCAGAGCCUUACUGCUGACGUUAUCAUCUGGCACUUGAAGCUUCAAAAUUCAACAGAAGUACUCUAGCACUACAUAAAGCAUCUGGAGUUAACUGUGAUCUCAGUCACACAUGGGCAGUCCUUCUUUAGGAAUACACACAGCCAUUUGAUGCAUGGGAGACUUGGUUCUUGUAUAUUACUGGCUGGAAAACUUAGACUUAGUCCCUACGUAUACUUCACAGCAUAUUAGUAUACAUGACCCCAAAAUAGGUACCCUUGACUUUAGUUCACUUGAUCUUCUUACAAUGAAUGUGGUUCUUUAGAAACAUUCAAUAAUUCUUGGAAAGAACAAGAGAAAAUUAAACCUAAUGAUUCCAUGGGUCAGAACAGGCACCCUGAGGAGUCUGUGCUGAGCUGUAUCUCUUGAGGGUAUCUGUUCACCAAGCUGGAACUCUUGGAGCAAGCCUGUCUUUGGAAGUAGCAUUAGGGAUUUUAGACCAGCCUCAGAUACAUUGCAAGGUGACGACGAAGACUGGAUUCUUGAGUGUCUUGCCUGUUCAUGAAGAAUAUUUUCUCCUCUUCAUUUCCAGCAACAGGGAAAGCAGCGACACCAUCUGGUGCAUGAGUGGAGGUACUCUCCUCAAGUGUGAGUUCCUAAUGGAAUAGCUUCCCUGCCAGUGACUCUUCUGGUUCUCCCGCUAUAGUUUCCUUUAUGUCUGGUAGUUUGAAGGUGCAGUCUUUCAUUUUGGGACGGUCAUGGAGGCAGGAACAUGAGGUAGCUGCAAGCAGAAGGACAGUAAUACUUAAGUUAUGUUCUUAAGAAAGAAUAUACUCAGUGAGAGUGUUGAUUUGAGGGUUCAUACCCGCACUGGGCCUUACAGGAAGAACAGAGAGAUUGUGGCAGAUUGAGAGCCUCCAAGAAGAGAUCUGCAAAGGGACUUCCAUACUGGAAGCACAGUUUCUGUUCUGCUGUUCAUCUGGAAAGGUGAAGUUGAAGAAAUCACCCCCUUACCCACUCCCCUUUUCCAGCCUUUUGAGGAUAGGGUUCCUCUGUGUACCCCUAUGCGCCCUGGAACUCGCUCUGGAGAUCAGGCUGGCCUUGAACUCAGAGAUCUGCCUCUGGAGUGCUGGGAUUAAAGGUGUGUACCACCGCCCAGCUGGAAAUACCUAUUUUUAACUUACCUAGAGUCACUAUCAUCUUUGCUUCUUCAUUUCUUCCUUUUUUUCUCCUUAGAGUCGUGGCACCCAAGAUUGUUUUCCCCACUCAUGAGGCUGUUCUAGUCUGUUCUUGGGUAGCAUUUCUUAGCCUCCGCUCAACCUCAGGUCUUCUUCGAUGUUACUUAGAGUGCAGAUCCCGCUUCCACUGUAGCCACUUUAGGCUUGGCUCUCUUCUGGUUUUAGUGCUGAAUACCUGUUCAUUCUAUGGGCUCUUGACCAGUCUCUUGCAUUUCCAUCCUCCUUGUUUCUCUUUCUGUGAGGGAGCCUGCAGUGAUGUACUUAACUCUGCUUUCCUAGGAACCUUGGAUGUUUGCCAGGAUAUAGAUACUUUCAGUGUCAAAUAGAGCUUGUUCUGUGAGCUCCUUAGACAAGCUACCUGUAUCUUCCCUGUCUGGUUGCUUUUUCUCUAGUCCUGUAAUAAGUGUUGUGGGUUUUGUUUGCUUGGGGUAUUUUUCUUUUCUUUUUUUUUUUAAGAUCAACAUCAGAAUGAGGGGUAUUUUUCUUUUAGGGGUGGGGUGAGGGGAGUAAAGCUAUGCUUCUGCUUACCUGGAUCUUUGGACUCCCAUCUUAGAGCCUGCCCUGCAUUUUAAGGCAUAUCACACAUACUACCCUGCUUUUAACUUCUAAAUAUUCAAGUCAUUUGGUAUACACAGAAGUAACCUACUAAUCCAAAGAUAGGCAUUGAGGCUCAUGGAAAGGGCGAGAGCAGAGUGCUCAUUUGAUGUCUAGGCUCCUGAAUGAAGGAGGAGAGGGAUAGUAGUGCCAUGUGCCUUCAGCGUCCCAGGAGAUCUGGGAUGCUUGCAAGGGAAAGUACCAGUAUUUCUUGGUUCUAGUAAGGAGCACAAGACUUAAGAAAUAGAGAAACAAGGAAAGGGAGAGCCUACACAUUGUUCUGUGCCUGAUGAAGAGCACCAUGGGAAGGGCCAGCUGCUAGCCAACAGCUGCUUAGGGAUCGUACAGCGUCUUCCCUGUUUUAGUGCUUGAGAAAAAUGUGGCUGACCACUCCUUGUGUUGUACAGAACCUAGGCUGAGCACCAGCCUCAGAUCUACUAAUCUGGCAGCUGAACAAAUCAACCAAGAGUUGCGAGCACCUGGUUCUGCAGUCCUUAUUCAGUCCCACAACUGAAUGUGAGAGGCAGACCUCCACAUUGCCUCCAAGUUUUCUUCCCUCUAAAACAGAAUGGAAGCCAGAGAAGAGGAUUGCACAAUGAAUGCUGUGCACAGCUCCUUAGGCUCACACUGCCUCCCAACAUAGGCCCAGAAGUGGGGUGUGUGGUUGCUGUUGCUACCUCUCACCCAGUAGUGGAGAGGGUGACCAUGUUUUGGCUGUCUUGAAGUGGUAAGAGGGUUGCAGGCCCUGAACGCUCUCUUGGCCUCUCCCCUGCUGUCUGGGCUAGUGAGCCCGCCCUGCAGUGCACAGAGAGGAGCCUCCUCCUGACCUUGUCAGCACCCUUAAGUGGGAAGUCUGACCUCUGCUGAGAGGUGCUGGGCAUGGCAGCUGUGAGGUACCUCCUCCAUCUGCUUUCUGGCUGUGCUGACUUGGGAUUUUUAACCUUAUAUAUCUUUUUCCUUUAUUCAAAACAAAACAAUUUUUAGCACACUGAAAAAAAAAAAAGCCAAAUGUUUUGUGCCUUUCUAAGGCAGCGCUGUAUCCCAGGCUGCAUUUUAGGACUUAAUAUGGAAAUACCAGAGUCUGAGCUCCUCUACCUGGAAUCUCUUUAGCCCUAGAGUCUUGGGGACAAGGAUAUCUGGCCGGAGAGGUGGCACAUAGGUGCCUGUAGUCUCCUUUCUCUGCCAUGAGGCUUCUUUGGGAAAGAGCAGCACUUUAUCUGGCAUCGCUUGGUUGGUUCCAGGCAGCAGUUAGCGCUCCACUGCUCCUGAUGUCCUGCUCCCUCAGCCUCCUGGAAGAGUUCCCCGCCGCGUGGAGCUGAGGGCGACCCUCCUGGAAGGGGAGAUGGUUCAUUUGUUUUUCGUUUUGCUGGAUCUUGAGCCAGCUUCAACCUCCUGCCUCUCCUCAGACUUGGCUUUCCCUUCAUUUGAAGACUUCAACCUUAAAGCAUUAAGUGGCUGGUGCCCUUCAGGGUCUGAUUGCCCCCAGGGAGAGGCCAUGGAACCCAGAAGACUGUCAUCCAUACUGUCAGAGGUUUCAACCACAGUUUUCUUACCCUCCUUUUUCCCAUUUCUCCCCUGCCUGUAGCUAACAAAGAGUGGGGGAUAGAAACAGUUCUUUUUAAGGUCCUCCUCAGUCAAGAUUUUAAAAUUCUUGACUUGGGUGGGGCAAGAGAGAACUUAAUAUUUUCCCCAGAAUAGAGUCCCAAUUUGUAUAUCAGUGUUAUGAAAACAAAACACACUUAGGUGAGAUUCUCGUGGACUAUUUUUUAAAUGUCAUUAAUAUAAAAAGAUUUCUAUUAGCAGUAUUUAAUCAUUCUCCUCUAAAGAGCAGACAGAGGUAAAUACUCCUGCAGAGUAGUGGAGCUUUAAGACUCGUUCUCUAAGUCCAUGUUGUUUUGCCAGUGUACUGAUGUGUAGAGGUCUGUUAUACUAAUUAGAGGUCUGUUAUACUAAUGUUAUUUAUUAAUUUUUUUUCAUUUCCAUACAGUAACUAAAGAGCUUUUUCAAACACCCAUGUCUGUAAAAAAUAUUUUUAAAUAAAAUUUCUUUUGUUGUAGCA